CAGCCUGCCAGAGGCCAAUGUCUUCCCUCUCCCUUCCCACCCCCAUUUGUGAUUACUUUGUUUCUAGAGCAGGAAGUACCCCUCCCGUCCCAUAAUUCAUUUCUUUCUUUUUUCAGAUUAUAUUAAUCUCAUUCUAAGCAUAUCCAGUUUUUCUUAAAGUCUGCCCCAUUUAUCACUUCCUUCCCUAGCUAGCGCUCAUUUGGAGAAAGCAAUCUGUUUUCAAGCUGUUUAAGCAGCCCCUGGCACUGUACCUGGAACUUGACAGCAGCUAACAUGUUUCAUAAAUUAACGCCGGGUUCCCCUCCAGGGAUUAAAGUUGGCAUUCAUUUUCUUGAGAAUCGCGUCUUUUUGGUGAUGCUAUUCGUUAUCACAGGAUUUUGCCAAGUGUAAAGUACACUUUGUAAUCUCAGAUUUUAAAGCUAAAAGGGGCUUUAUAGAAAAUGCAGUUCAUCCCUCUUAUUUUACAGAUGAGGACACCCGGCCAAAAGAGCAAGUGUGUAACUUGAUUGAGGUCCUGCACCUCUUGAGUAAGCGGACUCAAGGUCUCCGGACACCUUGGUCGCUGUGCUGUCUACCACACCAGGAGUGCAAUGCCAGUAACCCACUCACUAUAGAGACUGUCAGAGAGCCACAAUGGACACAGCUAGCCAUAGCCUUGUCCUUCUGCAGCAGCUGAACAUGCAACGAGAAUUUGGUUUUCUGUGUGAUUGCACAGUUGCUAUUGGAGAUGUUUACUUCAAAGCCCACAGAGCAGUGCUUGCUGCUUUUUCUAACUAUUUCAAGAUGAUAUUUAUUCACCAAACAAGUGAAUGCAUAAAAAUACAACCAACAGAUAUCCAACCCGACAUAUUCAGCUAUUUGUUGCACAUUAUGUACACGGGGAAAGGGCCAAAACAGAUUGUGGAUCAUAGUCGCUUGGAGGAAGGGAUUCGAUUUCUUCACGCCGACUACCUUUCUCACAUUGCAACUGAAAUGAAUCAAGUGUUCUCACCAGAGACUGUGCAGUCCUCAAAUUUGUAUGGUAUUCAAAUCUCAACAACCCAAAAAGCAGCUGUCAAACAAGGGCUGGAGGUCAAAGAAGCUCCUUCCAAUAACAAUGGAAACAGAGCCGCUGUCCAGAGUGACCACCCCCAGUUGCAGCUUUCUCUUGCUAUUGGGCUGGAUGAUGGCACUGCUGACCAGCAGAGGGCCCGUCCUGCUGCCCAGGCCUUGGAGGAACACCAGAAGCCUCCAGUGUCCAUCAAGCAGGAGAGAUGUGACCCAGAAUCUGUGAUCUCCCAAAGCCACUCCUCAUCCUCAUCAGAGAUGACAGGUCCCACUUUCACAGAAAGUAGUAUCAAAAUUCACUUAUGCCAUUACUGUGGAGAACGUUUUGAUUCCCGUGGUAACCUAAGACAACAUCUCCAUACGCAUGUGUCUGGAUCUCUCCCAUUUGGUGUCCCUGCUUCCAUUCUGGAAAGUAAUGACCUUGGUGAAGUGCAUCCACUUAAUGAAAAUAACGACACUCUUGACUGCCGCAGGCUCAGCUCCUUCAUUGUCAAGGAGAAUGAGCAACAGCCUGACCACUCAAACCGCGGUACCACUGAGCCUUUGCAGAUCAGUCAAGUGUCUUUGAUCUCCAAAGACACAGAGCCAGUAGAAUUAAACUGUAAUUUUUCUUUUUCAAGGAAAAGAAAAAUCAGCUGUACCAUCUGUGGUCAUAAAUUUCUCCGAAAGAGCCAAUUGCUGGAACACAUGUAUACACACAAAGUAGAGUCUGCCAAAUGUCUUCCUAGUAUCCAGGUAAGUAUUCUGUGCCAGGUGACAUUUUGGAUGUGUGAUGCAAAAACGUAUCAGGGAGUCCACUUUUAUCAACCACAAUCCAACUGAAAUCUCUGGAAAGAAAGGUAAUACCUAGUCAUUUCCUAGAAGUUUCUUGCUUUGCUUCUGUCUUCCCUGUUUACUCCCUACUGUUUCUCCUCCAGUAACAUAAUCUAUAACAGUGGGUCUCAACCCCGAUGUAUUAAGAUUCUCCAGAGAAACAACCCAAUAGGAUGCGAGUGAGUGAAUGUGUAUGUGUGUGUAUACCCCAUGGUCCAGUCAGGUUGACGCAUAAUGAGAGAGAGAGUGAUUGGUUCCUGACUGAUUAUAAGGAAUCGGCUCACCCAAAUAUGGAGGCUGAGAAGUCCACAGAUCUACAUUUGACAAGCUGGAGACCCAGGUAAGCCGAUGGUGCAUUUCUAGUCCCAAAACCAGCAGGCCCACAAAGGCAGGAAAAGACCAAUGUCCCAGCUAAUAGUCAAGUAGAAGAUCCCCUUACUCCAGCAGUUUUUAACCUUUUCAUCUCAUAGCACACAUAAACUAAUUACUAAAAUUUUGGGACACACCAAUAAAUAUAUUUUUUGACAA